AUGCCUCCCUCAGCCUCACCUUCCUCCAUCUGUCGUUCAUUGGAUACCAAGCCUCCAUCAGCUUCAUCCUCCUUGAUUUCUCAUUCAUCAUGUAUUCAACCUGCAUUCACCUCUUCUUUCCCAAUACGUCCUUCAUCAGAUAAAAUAACCUUAGCCUCAGGCUGUUCAAAAUUUUCUGCCCCAGCUAUGAAGCAUCUCUCUGCUACAUCACCCUACAUGGUUUACCAAACAAGUAAAAACCCUUUUUCACCUUCCUCUGCUUCUUGUCCUAAACUUUCUUCCACAUUGUCCUCUGCUAGAUAUCUUCCAUCAGGUGUAAAAUGUCAUUCAUCAUCCAUGAUCUCAUGUCCGCCAGCCUCCCAUAUAAAACCUGCUUUCACCAGUUAUAAUACAUACACACCCCAUGGUGGCAAUUGUUCUUCCUUGGUUACCUCCACCAGUCAUCCAGUUUCUGUAAAUGAGUCUGCAACUAAACCUUCAUUGCCGUUAUCGCCAACUUCUCAUCUGCAUGGUACUAAACCUUCUUCUAAAUCACCUGCCUCCAUUUGCCCGCAGACCAUGUCUUUUCCAGCCCCAUCGCAAGCCAGUUCACAUUGUCCUGCUGAGAAACUAUUUAAAUGUAGUCAAUGCAAAAAAUCUUUUGUCCACAAGAGUCAAUUGAUGGAACAUCAGAAAUCCCACACUGGAUCACGAAAUACUUGCCCAGAAUGCAAUAAGAGCUUCAUUCGGAAAUCCACACUCAUCCUUCAUAAAAGGACUCACACUGGAGAAAGGCCUUUUGCCUGCACUGAAUGUGGGAGAAGGUUCAGCCAAAGGUUCAAUCUUGUGGUGCACCAACGCAUACAUACAGGAGAAAACCCAUAUCUAUGUACAGAAUGUUAUAAGUCCUUCCGAUACCGAACAGGUCUUCUCCGUCAUCAGAGGCAUGGACCAUGUACAAAAAAGGCAUCAAUAGAAAACUCUCUUACUGCUAACCAAAGCUUUGCCAAGUCAACCCCUACAAUAGAUAGACCUUUGAAAUCUCAGCCAGCUUCCCCAGGAUCUGAAAAAGUUAAUAAUUUUGAAAAUCCAGAUUUAACCAAAAAUUUGAGACGACAACUGGAUAGUUGGCAAAGGUUUCAAUGUAAGACAUCAUGUUCACCAUUGCCACCAUUGGGUGGACAUCUGAAGUCAAAACGAAUUUCAAUAUCUGAAAACCCAAUUGCUAAAAGGUCACCAGGCCUGGCAUCCUAUAAGGUUAAUAUUAGAAAGAAGACUUUGAAAACUGAUGAAGAACUUAAAGGCAACAAUACACUGUAUUCCACUCUUCGAUCGUCUGUUGAACCCUCCCUUCUUUCUCGCAUUCCAACAUUUCUUAGUCAUGAUCCUGUCAAUAUUGCCUCUCCAUAUAGUCCACCUGUUGUCCACCAAGUCCAGGGCAAAAGACCAAAGUCCUCAACUUGUGUCUUUGAGAAAAGGACAUCUGUUGAUCCCAGGUCAAGAAUGGGAAAGGAACAAUAUAAAUGCGACCAUUGUAAGAAAUGCUUCUCCCAAUUAGACAAGUACAUAAAACACCAAAGAGUGCAUACCAGCGGCCGGCACAGGUGCACCAUGUGCAACAAAGUCUUCAUCAAGGCCUCUCAACUUGUGGUUCACCUAAGGACGCACACUGGAGAGAAGCCUUACUCCUGCGGCAAAUGUCACAAACAGUUCAGUCAGAAGUUUAAUCUUGUCGUCCAUCAACGAAUCCACACAGGGGAGAAGCCAUUUAUGUGCACAGGCUGCAACAAAUCAUUCCGCUAUCGGACUGGGCUUCUCAAACAUCAAAGAUAUGACCGGUGUUUAUGAUCGGACGGGAAGACUAGACACAAAAACAUUCCAUCGAUGAUUUAUUGGAAUCUUUAUCAGUCUAUGGUGGAGAACGUUCCAGGAGCUCAGGGAUAUCAGUCAUUUUAUCUGUAAUUCCAUAAAUUAAAGGGUGUUCUUCGG